AUGUUCCCCUCCUCUACAAAAAAAGUCGUGAGGACUUACUCGCGACAAACAAAACGGCCGUUCUAUAAUGAAGAGCCACCCACUAAGCGCAGACGCGUCGCAGAUACCGAAACCGAACCUACACCCUCAACCACACCUGUUCCAAAAUCGCCGGUAGGAAUUUCGUCGCCUACACGCAUAAACUCUGCGUCCCUUAGCUCCAGUCCACAACCCUCGCUGCCAUCUUUCUCAGAUGCACCGACACGAUCAUCCCCUCCAUCGUCACCAGCGCUGGAGAGCUCCCCUCCACCAGACCUAAAGAGACGACCUGUCUUCUCUCUGUUCAAGAGAAAGCUCAAGCACAGCGUUUCUGCGCUCGAAGUCCUGCCCGAACGUAGUCACGAUACGCAAAGCCCACCGAAACCACUGCCACCGAAGAAGAAGCGCAUGGUGCAGAUGCAGCUGGAUCUAGUAGGGCAGCACCGCAAGGCCUGCAAGACCUGUGGGAUGGAGUACAUACCAUCGAACGCCGAAGAUGUGGCCUUGCACAAGAAGUUUCACGCAAUGAACUUCGGUGGUGUUGACUGCACGAAAGCCAUGGUCGAGCGCUUGCGGCAGAAGCAGAUCUGGAGCGGAGGCGAAGCGAGCUUCAUAGCUGUUGUUGGGCGAAGAGAUGCUCUUGCGCUGCGUAACAAGGCGAGCGACGUGCUGAGAGUCGUCAAUACGGAACUUGCAGCGGUGCCUAUAACAGACAAGGAGCUCUGGAGUCAGACUACACUGUCUGCAAGCUCAGAAACAUCAGAAGGCGAUGUGUCGACACCUGAGAAGUACGACAGAUUCAAGGUCUACCUUUACAUCCGGGGCCAGAAAUGCGUAGCAGCGUGUCUGGCGGAGAGAAUAGAGGAAGCCUACACCGUUCUGGGGCAAGAGAAGGCGUCUGAGCAACCAACACAGAACCUCGCUGAAUCCCAGAGUUCGUCCAUCUCCGUUAGUGCAACAGCAGAAAGAGUCUUCCUCGGCAUCUCAAGGAUCUGGGUGUCAAAUCAGUUCAGAAAGCGGGGGCUUGCGCGGAGGUUACUGGACUCAACAAGAAGUGACUUUAUGUACGGCUUGACCGUCGAGAAGCACCUCACUGCUUUCAGCCAGCCAACAGAGAGUGGUGGGAAGCUUGCGCGCAGGUACUUUGGGAGUGAAGCUGGAUGGCGUGUGUACAUGGACUGA